AUGUAUUUGGAACUGAAGAAGGAAACUAUAAAAAUGGCACUAAAGACACCCAAAGGGAAGUUUAAGUCUCCAUUUAAGGGUGUGGUGACUCCUAAUUCAUCUUUAGUACAGAAGUCAGUCUCUCUGAAAAAGGCGGUGGUCAUUGAUAACAACAGUGAGGAAACCAGGUUAAAUCGAGGCCAGAAGUUGCUUGUGAAUGAACUAGACAAACAAAUUCGUAGUUAUGAAAGGUUAAAUAUCGAAUUAAUACAAGCCAUCAAGUAUUUAGAUGAUGAUAACUCUGAAGAAUUGAAAACUGAACAAUUAAUUAACAAGUGGAGGGAUAUUUCCCAAAGUACAAUGGCGUAUUUACUCAAUUCGAUCUUAAACAAGAUUGAUAAGAUGGGUGGGUAUGAAGAAUUUAGACAGAAGGAGAUAGAGAGGGAGAAAACACAAUUGGAAUAUCAACUAGACGAUGGAAUUGAAGAGUCCUUCGGGAGUAUUUUGGAAUCGGAUGAAUUUAAGAUGCUGUCCCUGGAAGAUCAAGAUGAAUACAAGCAGGAAAUGGAAACCAAGUUGAAAGAGAUGGAAGAAUUUAAACAGAAGCAGCUUGAAAAGUUUGAAAAGGAAAUGGAAAACGUGACGAAUAAACAGCUGGAUAUGAAAGAACUGAGCAAACGUCUAAAUGUGGAAUAUGAUUUAGUCUUUCCAGAGGAUUGA